AUGUUUGGUGAUGGAGGAUUAAAUGUAUCUCGAGCAAGUCUCCUGGCUUGUCGAGGCUUUGCUACUCUGGCUUUGCCAUUUUUUGGCUAUGAAGAUCUACCUCCAAAAAUGAAGAACUUAAAUUUAGAUUACUUUGAGGAGGCAGCUCAAUUUGUGCAAACUCACCCAAAGGUCAAAGGUCCAAACAUUGGAGUGAUUGGUUCUGGCAAAGGGGCAGAGUUGGCAGUUUCCAUGGCUAGUUUCCUCCCCAAUAUAGGUGCAGUUGUGAGUAUCAAUGGCUGCAUCUCUAACACAGCUACUGCCCUGACAUGUGGUAGAGUCAUCCUGCCAGGACUACCUUUCAACCUGGACAAAAUCUCUGUCACUGAAUCAGGAGUAUAUGAUGUCAAAGAAGCACUGGAGGACCCCUUGAAUCCAGCGUAUCAGGAAAGCCGAAUCCCCCUUGAAAAAGCCAGUGCCCAUUUCCUUUUCAUCGUUGGAGAGGAUGACAAACAUUGGAAGAGCUCAGUUUAUGCUGCCAUAGCUGCAAAGCACCUUACAGAGCAUGGGAAGACAAAUUUUACUCUCUUAAACUAUCCUAAUGCUGGCCACAGAAUAGACCCCCCUUACAGCCCUUUUUUCUCUGCAGCCCUGGAUACCAUCUUAGGGCUACCUGUUUUGGGAGGUGGACAGCUCAAAGCUCACGCUGUUGCUCAGAUUGAGUCUUGGAAGAAGAUAUUAGAAUUUUUGCACUUGCAUCUAGGGUAA